AUGGAGGUGGACAAGAGUGCAGCACUUCUUGCAGGUGGAGGUGGAGAAGGAGCUACAGCUACUACUGGUCCAGGAGAACAACAAAGCGCAAGUAGACAUGAUGAUGACCAGGGCGGGAGGACGAGCAGAGAAGGAGAACAUUGUACAGACGAAGUUCUACUGCAAAAUGAACAGCAGGUGGAUAGUACCAAAAAUGCAAAAGCGGCGGACGAAGACCAAGACCGCCCUCGAGUAGAGAACUUGCCAACGGCUCCCGCUCCCGCGGCAAGAGAACAGGAAAACUGCG